AGUUGUCACUGAGUUUGUCUCUCCAAUUUGUCUGAUUUCCUCCUGUAGUGUUCUCAAACAGUGUAAAGAUGUGGAGCUCUCCUUCAGUGACAUGACCGGCAAGUCUGAAGCCUUCAAAGGCACCAAGAAAGGGAUGCUAUAUCUCACCCCUUACAGGAUGAUCUUUGUGUCGAAGGGCAAGGAUCCAAUGCUGUCUUUCAUGAUGCCGUUUUAUUUGGUGAAAGGGUGCUCAAUCGAGCAGCCUGUUUUCGCUGCCAAUUACAUCAAAGGACAGAUUCAGGCUGAGGCAGGAGGUGGCUGGGAAGGGCAGGGGACAUUUAAACUGACUUUCAACAGUGGAGGAGCCAUUGAGUUUGGACAGCUGAUGUUCAAAGCUGCCUCUAAUGCUUCCAGUGGCGCUCCUCUCCAGAACCCUGGCUACGGCUAUACACCUGUGCCCGGUGGGUACGCACCCGGCCCGCCUGCUCCUGGGGGCUGUUCGCCUGUGCCGGGGGGCUACGCUGCUCCUCCGCCACCAAACGGACUGUAUCCUUACACACCACCUCCGAUGAAUGCCUACGGACCAGCUCCGCAGCCCAUGGGAUACCCAUAUGCCCAGACUCCAGGUAUUUACCCACCACUUCCAAACAUGAACCCCAUGUACGUGCCACCUCCUCCCCCCUACUCCGGGCCAUCUCCUGCAGGACCCUCGGCUCCCACAGCCCCUUCAGCUCCACCAGCCUGGGUGGGCCCGGGGAUGCCAGGGGGCAGUAAGGCCAUGGAAGCCGCUUCCAGUGCAUAUUACAACCCUGCCAACCCACACAACGUGUACAUGCCCAUGGACCAGCCACCUCCGUAUGCACCUCCUGAGGAUAAGAAGAACAACUAA